UAUACCCGGAGUAUACUGUGGUAUACUACAGUAUACUAUACUGCGGCAGUAUUACUGCCACCAGCACGAAUAGUUUGUUAUAGCUAGGAAUAUCAUUUUAUAAAGUAUAAAGCGUAAAGCAACGGUGUAGUUUGGUUGGAAUAUGUAUGUAGUUAUGUUAGAAAGCAAGUGAAGUAGUAAGGAUGCACAUAUAUUACAAGAAAAUGCUUAAUUUAACAUUGAUUGAUGUCCCGAGCAUCGAUUAGCCUUUCUAAUAAGAGAUGAACAUUACGACAGAAAUAGAUAAGAUUCUUAGUGUAGGAAGGAAAACAAGCAAUUUAGAACGUCAGUUCUUUAAUUUUUACUUGUAUUAGGUACUAGAGUAUGUUGUAAGACAUUAGACACUGUCAUGUUCUGAUGAUCUGAUUAAAACAUAGAGCAACCCAACACGAGUAAUUUCACGAUGAAUGUAUUUGAUAGUUAUUUUAAAACAACCUGGAAAAGAAACUAUUCUAGAGAUGGUACGUCAAUGCAGAAACACUUGCCUUGUCAGUGUUUUGAUGCCCUCAUAUAGCUUUAUAGUUUAUGUAAUGUAAAGACAUUGAAAUUAGGUAGUUUCAAUUAAACACUGAUUAUGUUUUGGAAAAUGUUUAAGUACUUUAUUGACAAGAAAAUGGGUUACACAACUAUCAUUGUGUCCCACCAUUAAGAGAAAAACAAAAUUUGCCAAGCCAAUUAGAUUUUUUUGUUUCAUAUUUUUAAAUUAUUAAAAAAUUUGAUUUGCAGAAAAUAGAAACUGUAGGAAACUAAAUAAGAAUUCUCCUUUGAAAGUAUUAGAAAGUAAUAUUUCAUAAUCUGUAAUUGUAAAUGGAGAUGAAAAUAAAGAAGUACUGUAGUAACCAAAUUAAAAACUUUAUCUUAAUUUUUUUCUAUUAAACUAGUCAUAUGGAGCAUCUUUUUCAAUUAACUCAUUCUAAAUACUGACAAUUAAAAAAAACGUCAAUAGUAACAUUUUUAUGAAGAGAAAGAACAAAGAAUAGCCUGUAGGUGUCAGGAACAUUGAAACAUUCAGCAAGAAAAAAUGCCAAAAUUAAUUCAUGAAACAAAACGCCCAAAACUAUAGUAUGCUAUUAACAGUAUAAAUUUAAUGCAAUAUAUAUUCUGUCCCUUUAUUUAUAUUUACUGCUAAAUAUAGACUGUGCUUACUGUAUGUGAAUGUUCUCACAAUUUGUAAAAACGUUGCAGAAUCAAGAGAGUAUUAUUGAACAUGUGUUUGCAUGAUAUAAUGGUCCAAAAUGGUGAAAUACACACAUGAAAAACAAAGGAGAAUUAUCAUUUGCAUUCAAGUUUAUGAAAAGUAAUGUGGAAACAAAGAUGUAACUGCAAUUUGGAAUAUUAUCUCACAGCAAGUGGUGGAGAGACUGCAUAAUGGAAAUGCUGUUUGUAUUACUGGUCUGGGUACAUUCACUUUAUCAGAAUGGAAGAUACAUAAUGGUAGCAAAAUAUGUUUACAAAAAUUGCAACCAGUGUUCAUCUUAUCGAAAAGGCUCUCUGAAUUUUAUCAUGUAAAAGUUGUAGAGACAUAUACAGCAGAUAGGAUUCCUUUGAAGAAAUUAAGCUUCUCUGCAGUAUCUAAAGUAUCGGGUAUUAAGCGGCACACUGUUGAAAAUAUUAUAACAGAAGUGACCCAAGUAUUUGUACAACUUAUUGGAAGAAAUGUAGACACUGAGUUUCCACUUGCCGGCAUUGGAAAAAUUGAAAUUAAAAAUAAGGUAUUAAAUGUAAUAUUUGAUAUGGACUUUGUUGAAAAAGUGACAAAAGCUAACACUUGUACCCACAAGGAGCAACAAAACUUGUUUGGAAUACAGAUCACCAACCACAGCACUGUAGGGUGGAGGGGGCUCAUCAAACGGUGUAUUAAGUUGCUUCUUCUUUAUCCAAUGCGACGACCAAUAACUAUGUUUCACUCGGAGCACAAGAACAAGCAAAAAAGUACUAAUAGAAUAAAAAUUGUUUGUCCGCUGCGCACGGUCAGAAGGCGAGAGCGUUCGCGGCGAGCGGCGCCUUCCGGGGCCCGGUGCAGCAGAUUUCGGGUGUGGGGCGGCGAGGCAAUCGACAAAGCCCCGGCGGCCGGGCGAAGGGGUGGCUGGGCAGAACAGAGCGCCGGCUCCGGAUCGCCCUGGGCGACAGCUUCCUGCCCCGCCCACUGCGCCUGCGCCGCACCGCCGCCGCCCGCGACGAGAUCGUUCGCGCCCCCUCGCCCUCUUCCCCCCGCGCACAGCCGCGGGGCGAGG